UUCGCUGCGGGUGUUAAAUAAUCUAGAAUAGCAUAAAUAACCGUCUUAUUGCGUUUAUUUUCGUAAACGGUAAGUAAAUAGCAAAACAAGCUUCUUAAAUGGAUGGAACGGCAGAAAGUUGAACUCCGUGUUAGGUGGAAGUAACUAGAAGGUAGAGCUUAGGUGGGCUAAUGUGGAGCUUUACCCGGAGGAGCUCCGAGUUUUCCCGCAACCGUCCAGAUGGCUGUCCGCUGGCUCUGCAGCCUGUUUGGGAAGCCCUUUGAUGGUGGGAAGAGGAUGGACCAUGGCGGUCCCAGCAGCAGCAGCAGCACCACCACCACCCGAUGGAGCAGCCGCAGCAGCUGUACAACCAGCAGCACCCGGCCAUGAUGCGGCUGUACGAGGUGCAGAAGGGGGUGGCGUCGCUGGGGCCGCAGGUGUGCACCUUCAGCGGGCUGCAGCACGACCGCGACUACAAGCGGCUGGAGCGCGAGCUGACGCGGCUGCUGCUGGAGGUGGACCAGGUGGACACGGAGGGCAAGCCGGAGCUGCAGGGGGCGCGCAAGAGGGCGGCGCAGGAGGUGGAGGGCCUGCUGCGCUACCUGGAGGAGAACGCCUCGCACCCGUCCCGCCGGGCCAUCGAGCAGCUGAGCGACGAGGCGGCGGUGGUGGACGAGCGCGUGGUGGCGCCGCAGCGCUCCGGCGGCGCCGCCGAGAUCAGCGACGAGCUGGUGGACGCCCUGCAGGAGCUGGUGCUCAAGCUCACCCAGGUGAAGACGGAGGGCCGCGUGCCGCUGCGCAAGGCGCGCUACCGGGCGCUGACGCGCCUGUGCGCCGUGCAGGACGUGCUGGAGGGCCGCACGCCGCAGCAGACGCUGUCCCUGCCGCUGUGCGACACGCACGAGGCCGUGCACCGCAUCAACCAGGUGAUGGUGAAGGUGAGCGUGGCGCGCAGCCAGCUGGUGGCGCUGCUGAUGGGCCUGAGCGGCCGGGACAGCUGCGCCCACCUGUCGCGCAUCCUGACGGAGAUGCAGGUGGAGCUGGACGCCCUGGACGUCUCGGGGAACACGGCCAUCAGGAACUACCGCAAGCAGGUGGUGGAGGAAAUCAACGGGCUGCUGAAGCACCUGGACCUGGAGGUGGAGGGCGACGACACGCGCAGGUACCACACACUCGCCACGCAUACACACCUUUCCACGGUUCGCCCUCAGAAAGGCCGUCUCUCCACCGUCUCUCCCACUGUCCUCAGUGGGAGGCGUCCUGCGGCACUGCGCCAUGGGCGACCUGGGCUCCGGGCCCAAGGCCGAGCUGCAGAGCUCCUCACGCAGGACCAGGUGGACACGGCCCGGAACCCGUGCACGGAGGCCCGGCGCCGCGCCGUGGUGGAGGUCCAGGCCAUCAUCACCUUCCUGGACCUCCGCGAGGCCCUGGCCCGCCGCCAGCCGGGCCCCGCCGAGCACCCGUCGCACCGGGCCGUGUGGCUGGUCCUGGGCAGCCUGUCGGACCUGCAGGCCCAGGUGCUGGGCUUCGACGGGAAGCGGGCCGACAAGAGCUACAUGAUGCUGGAGGAGCUGCUGACCAAGCAGCUGCUGACCCUGGACGCCGUGGACCCGCAGGGCGACGAGUCCACCAAGGUGGCGCGCAAGCAGGCGGUCAAGUUCGCCCAGAACAUUCUCAACUACCUGGACAUGAAGACGGACGAGUGGGAGUACUGAACGAAAUUAAAAAACCCUGUUGACGUCGCUGCAGCAAGAAGAGGUGCUGAUGAUGUGUGUAAAUAUGGAAACCUUUCCUUCUCUGGGCUGUAAAUAGAAACUCCAACCCCAGAAUGCACUGCAGCAGCGCUUCUCUUCGCCUUUUUGUGGAAGUCAUGGCCGACCCUGCUGAGAAACACGGAAACACCGUCGUGAGACACUGGAAACGUCUGUUUUUGUGCUUUUAGAGGUUUCUUCUCGUACCUCCUGUGUGUGUGUGUGUGUGUGUGUGUGUGUGUGUGUGUGUGUGCGUGCGUGUGCGUAUGUAUGUGUGUGUGACUUGUUGCUUUGUGCUGCUGAAGCACAAAAUCAUUCCUAAUCGUCCGCAUCCUCCAAACUGCACCUGAUAUUGAUCAUGUCCUGAUCACUUUUGGCUCUCGAUACCAAUCCAGUUGUAGAUUUCGAUAUCGGUUGAAUUUUGAACUUUCAAUUUCCAAAAAAAGUUUUUAUUUUGAAAAUCUACAUUGCAUUUCCUUUAGUCGCACUGAGUUUUAUUUGAAAGUAGGCUGAUGGAGGCAGGAUGGCCACAGUCGGACUGCUGACACGUCACUGGAUUGCUCAUGCUGCUCAUGCUGUACUGACAUUUGUCUGAAUCCAGCAAGGUUGGAACGAGGCUCAGUUCACGGCAGCUGAUGUAGAAAAAGAUGAUUGGCUGGAUUUGCCGAUAACUGAUCAAAAUCAUAAUUUCGACCCUAAUCCGAUUAUCCUCCGACCCGAUCGAGACAUCCCUAAAUUAGACAGCGCUGCAGGACAGCUCCGCUCGUCGGUUGAUUAAUCAGUGUGUCGGUCGUUUGUGUGGAUCAGUCCAACGGGCCUCCAUCUUGUAAUCCCCGUCUUUGGUGGAUCUUCAUUGGGUUUACAAUCCUUCAUCGUCAGAUGAGUGGAGGGUUGAUCUCCUGCUGGCUGGUUGCCGGGGGAACCGGAGAAGACCAGACUGUGGAGGGUCCGGUCUGACGGUCACUCUGGAGUCUCCUCAGCUGGAGUCAGAGCCGACACGAGGCCGGGCAGGAUGCUGGAGGACGAGGAUGACACCCGACCCCCCCCCCGUCGCUGUUAGUGUGUGACAGGUUUCAGGUGUGUGUUGUGACUCUGUGUGUGUGAACGUGCUGGUCUAUAAAUGGAUCCGGUCUGACUUCAGAGAGAGAAGAGGAGGCGUUUUUUUUUUUUUCUUUCUUUUCUUUAAAAUUUGCUGCUGCCUCAAUUUUUGUUUUGCUCCUCGUGAUGGGGUCUGUGUGAGGUCCCCGGAGAGAGGAGAGGAAGAGGAGGAGGAGGAGGAGGAGACAUCCUCAGGACUGACACAUCCAGGCUGAAGCUGACGGUGAUGGCGGCCGACGCAGCCUUCGAGACACUCGUGCUGGGAGGAGGGAAGGGACCGUAGACACGUCCAAAUCUCUGUGCCUUUGUUUUCAAGCCGUCUCCCUCUGAGCCGCCGCGUGCGGAGGCAUCCUCGCCGUGCGGCGGCCGUACAAAGACGAGAACGCUUCCCUUUCAUUUCUCUUGAUUUCUACGUAUCGAUGCACAAGAAUGAGGAGGCACUGAAUGUGUUUGUGGAGAGCACCUUGGCUAUUAUUAUCGCUGCAACUGAUUUGCACUACUUGUCAGAUUGUGUCAGUGUUCCCCCCCGCCCCUCGCCCCCCCGCCUCGAUAACGUUGUGGUCAGUCAUUUGCAGAGCCACAGAUCAACAGCGUGACUCAUGUUUCUACGCUGCAAACAGCCUCCGUGACGGAGCCGAACACUACAACUGAAUUAAAAAAAAAAAAAAAAAGAUGGAAAGAGCCUUCUGCUGAACCUAAACACAGAAACUGAACAGAAAACAUCCAGUGACACAAAAACAGCUUUAAAACAUCACAAGGUCCAAACGUGUUCCUCUAAAUUAAGAUGGUGUUUUGUUUUUUUGAAUUUACAUGCAUGUCUUUCUUGGUUUUCUCCCCAAAACACAUUAGAAUUAAUGAUCCAAGUCCCUCCUCUGACCUGUAAAAGCAAUAAUCUGGUCAUGAGGAAGCCAGACGGAGGUGUGUGUUUGUGUGUGUGUGUGUCCCUUUAGCCCCAGCUGCUCGUUCCUGUUCAGUGAUGCUCCAAUUUAACCAAAGAUCAAGAGCUUUUCCUCUGAACCUGCGGUGAAUCUAAAGCCUGACAACGAAAACGGAAAGAGAAACAGUGAGGCUUGUUGAAAAUGGGGCUCCAUCCCGACUGCACUGUUGGCCCAAAGUGUUGGACUAGUGUGCGAAUGAGCGGCGUCCAGAGUAGGUGAACAACCAAACUCACCGCUGGUGUUUAUGGAGUACUGAGUGUGGCUACGUGGUGUUUUUAAUUCGGAAUUGGUUUAUUCUGAAUGAAUAAUUCAGAUUUAUAUUCAUAUCUUGUGUUUAGAUGGGGAAAAUGAAGGCUCAGCUCCUCUCUCACGCCGGGGGUCUGAUCAGACACGAGAGGAAAACCUGAUGAAUCUCAAAAAAAUCCCCAUCACUCGCAUUCAAAAUCAAAUCAUUUUAGUUUAAAAAAAAAAAACUCACAUUCAGGCGUAAACUAGUGGAUGUGCUGAUCAGCCGUCCACCUCCGACUCAGAGGCUGCUCCACCUGCUCCACCUGCUCCACCUCCCAGGGAGGAGUCGGGGCGUCGGGGUCCUGUGGAAAGAGGGAAAGCAUUCAUGCUCGGCUGCUUCCUCCACCAUGCCGAAUGGUUCACUCCACAACAAGUUAUUACAAGUGAUUAAAUCCUCAAAGCCCCGCAGAUCUUCUCUGGCUCAUCCAGAAUGUUUCUUUUUUUCUUUUUUUUUGUUAAGAUGUUCUUGUAAACUCCCACGCACUUUUUUUUUUUUUUUUUUCUCCUUCUUUCUAAAAACAAUCUGCUGAAAGCUGCAGCUGGAAGCGUUUCCUGGCCGUGGUUCGUUCUGUGAGGAAGACGAGUCGCAGCAGGGGAACGAAGAUUAACCCCACUGUACCGAUUCAUCUGCUCGCCCCGUUUACCCCAAAACAGGCGGAAACGGAAAACCUCUGUUGCGCUUUGGGGGCCCGUUUCCAUGGCAACGGCGUUUUAGAGCCACUGAAAAACGACUUCCAGGGUGGAACUUUCCCCAGAAUCCUCCGAGUCCGUCCCCAUGGAAACGAGGGAAAACGCAGCUUGGUGUUUCCACAUGCCGAACCGACCUCCUGACCUCCAAUGUCUGGUUUGCAGUAAAACACUAACGUCCACCAAGCAGCAGAGGUUCAGAGCUCUGGAGAGGAAAGCUGCUCAGAUCUCUUCGUCUGGUCGAAGUUAAGCUCCUCCAGCUUCUGCAGAUCUUAAACAGACCAAGAGUUUAGUUGAAAUGAAGGAUCUCGUCAGAGCAGCAGUUGGUUUGAACAAAUGAAGAAACUGAAAAAUGUAUGGAAUCAGGGUUUGUUUUUUUUUUGUGGUUCUGAAAAAAGCAUUUCGCUGAGUCUGAGAAAGUUGAUGAGGAAUAUGUUUAGAUUUUGUUCUCUCAUAUUUGGGUCAUUCAAAAGAAAAAAAAACAGCUAUUUACAUUUUUGCAUUUUUCAAAUGCAAAUGAAAAUUUCAAGAUUUUAAGAAUUGAUUCAUUGAGAAUCAUGAAGUCACCACGGAGUCAAAUUAUGUUUCACUGGAAAAUGUUUCAGUUUGAGAAUCAGUAAAGUGAAUUUUAAUAUUUAACUUCAAAUAUUUUCUCAAAACUACAAUACAUAAUUCCUGAAGUUAAGGUAAUGUUUUCUCAAAAUUGGAAAAGUCGUAAUGAUAAUUCUGAUUAUUAAACUUUUGUUAAUUUUGAUGUUCCCCUCUGAAGUGAGGCCGAUGUCAAACAGGAGGACAGGCUGCAAAGAACAUGAAUCAAUGACUUCACUGGGAAAAAGACAGACUGAGGAUGGUUGGAUGAAUGGAAAGUUAAUUAAAAUUAAAACGUCUAAAUCACAUCCACAGUUCUGUGGAGCUCUACAAACUGUGUUAACGUUCCAUCCCAGUCAGUCAGAAAGCUAAAACCUUCGUAGGAUUAAUACAUAUUAAACAUUCACGCUGUUCCCGAUUCGCUGACAGUUUAAUAAACCUGUAAAACCUAAAAAAAAAAAAAAAAGUAGGAUUUGAUCAAUAGUUUGAAAAGUGAUUUGGUGUUUGUACCAAAAUAUGCAGUUUUUUAAUUCCCUGUGUCAGAAUUAGCUCUAAAAUGUAAAGUUUGAACGAGUGAGAGAAACACACACUUUGAGAUUUGACCCAAACCUUUAACUGAAGCUAAAAAACUCUCACUGUGUUUCUGUGAAAGCUGCCGAGCUCCUUCCCUCAGUCUGAAUGUAGUCAUCGGAGGAAUGUUUCAAAGGACCAAAGCUCCACUUACUGUGGAAGGACAGAAGAAAGAAGCAUGCUUUAUUGCUUUUAUUGACUGGAGGGAUUUUUUAUGGCGUUAACUCCAUCUGGUCUGGAUGCUUCAGCAGCCAGUCGCACCUCCAGGAGUUCAAGUGUGUUCCUGUUCAUCUCAUAUUUGGAAUCUGGACUUGAGGAUCAAUGUUUAAAAAAGCUCCGCUUCUUUUAGAAUUCAGGGUUUUUGCUUGUUUUUUUUUUCCUUUACCAAGUUGAAGAGUUAAAGUUUGAAGUUCUCAAAGCACCGCCUCCUUUUUAGAUUCAAAGACUGAAAAUUAUACAAGAUUAUUUUUAAUUACAGUUUAACGCCCCACCCCUUUUCAGGUCAAACAUGUUAUAAGCUCCGCCCCUUUCAGGUCAAACAUUAUAUACGCAGUUAAUUCCAGUUCUAAAAGCUCCGCCUCCUUCUAGUCAGAAUUCUGUUUUUAUAUUAAAUGAGUUAGAACCCUAAACUCCCCGCCUUCUUUCAAAAUUGUUAUUAUUAUUUAUUUUUUAACAAAGUUGAGUUUCAAAAGACUUAAAGAGUUCCACAUUCCUUUUCAGGUCAGAAUUCUGUGUUUUUAGAAUUGAGUUUUUAAAAAUUUGUGCCCUUUUCAAACCUUUCAGAGUUUUCAAUAUGGCCAAAUCCAGUUACCGUGAAAAGUAUUUUAAUGUUUUUUAUGGUAUUUAGAAGCUUGUUUUAUCUACUUCAUGGAGUCGUUGAUAAAACUGUUAAAGUUCUGCCUGCAGAUAUCAAAUCUCCAUCAAUGCUGACUGAAGGUUUGUUCUUUCAAAGCUUAGUUGCACGUUUGAAUGUAAAUGUUUUUAGAUGCUCAAAAUGAAUCAUUUCUCUUAAUAUUUUAUCAAUUAUUUAAGUCAUCCUGUUUAUAUUUUAACUCACAAAAAGUAAAACUUCUUGUUUGUUAAAUACUGAAAUAUUUUAGUAUUCUGAUUUUUUUUAUGUUAUGAUCACAGAAAAAGACAAAAUAACUUAAAAUUCAUUCUUUUUCCCCUCAGCCUGCAGCAGUCACGUAAAUUAUAAUCCUGGUUUUGCAUCAUCACUCCAUAUAUUUUUUUAAUACAUUAACACUGAAUUUAAUUGUUAAAAGAAGUGAAUGAAGUGAUAUUUUUGUUUUAACCUACAUUUGUCAUUUCUAUCUGAAAGGAUUUAUGUUAGAAAAUCCUCCUGAACUCUGAAUUACUGAACUGACUUGAUGUGCUGCAUUAUGUUUUUUCACACUGUUCAGAUGAAAUUAUUCCCUUUGUUAAUGUUUGCAAUGAGGAGAGCUGAUCGUUUUCCUUCAUAUCUUCCGUUUUCAGUGUGACUCUGUGGAAUCGGUGCCACCGGCUGCUGAAUCUUUACAAAAAUAACAUGAAAAUGAUGGUAUAGAUUCACCAAAACUGCAGAGAGCGUCACUGCUGAGCUUCUCCGUGGGCGUUUCUGUUCCAAAGCACUUUGUUUGGUUUCGCUGUUUGGCCCUGCUCUGCCUUUCUUCCUGGAAAUCGUUGGGAAAGUGUCCCGAGGUGGAAACGCUGGUGCAGUCGGUUCAUUUUUCCAGACGGACGUUCUCUUAAGUCGCCUUUUAACUGCAUUGAUUGUGACGGGCUUUUUGAUGUUUCUCCUCCGAGACACUGCUUGUACAAAACAAAAAAAAAAAAAAAGCACACAGACUGGUAAAAAAAAAAAA